ACGCAUGCGCGCGGCCGGCCUUAAGGGCGGCGGCGGCCGGGGCGGUUCAGUCGGCCUGUCAGCCGGCUUCGAGACGCGGCUUGCGGCUGUUGCGGCCAUGGCGGCGGAGGAGGAGGUGGACUCGGCGGACACCGGUCAAGGGUCAGGAUGGCUGACCGGUUGGCUUCCCACCUGGUGCCCUACGUCUCCGCUGCUCCUUAAAGAAGCUGAAGAGAAAAUGUUAAAAUGUGUCCCUUGCACUUACCAGAAAGAACCUGUCCUUAUAUCUAAUGGAAAUAAAAUAUGGACACUGAAGUUCUCUCAGAAUAUUUCAAAUAAGACUCCGCUUGUCCUCCUCCAUGGUUUCGGAGGAGGCCUUGGACUGUGGGCACUGAAUUUUGGAGCUCUUUCUACUGAUAGACCGGUCUAUGCUUUUGACCUGUUGGGCUUUGGACGGAGCAGUAGACCCAGGUUUGACAGUGACGCAGAGGAAGCAGAGAAUCAGUUCGUGGAAUCCAUUGAAGAGUGGAGAUGUGCACUGGGGCUGGACAGGAUGAUCCUGCUCGGACACAACCUGGGGGGCUUCUUGGCUGCUGCGUACUCUCUGAAGCACCCGCUGAGGGUCAGUCACCUCAUUUUAGUGGAGCCGUGGGGUUUUCCUGAGCGCCCGGACCUUGCUGAUCAGGACAGACCAAUUCCGGUUUGGAUCCGAGCCUUGGGAGCAGCUCUGACCCCCUUUAACCCCCUGGCUGGCCUCAGGAUCGCAGGCCCCUUCGGUCUGAGUCUAGUGCAGCGUCUGAGGCCUGAUUUCAAGCGGAAGUACUCGUCAAUGUUUGAGGAUGACACCGUGGCGGAGUACAUCUACCACUGCAACGUGCAGACCCCCAGUGGCGAGACCGCCUUCAAGAACAUGACCAUCCCCUACGGCUGGGCGAAAAGGCCGAUGCUCCUGCGCAUUGGGAAGCUGCACCCCGACAUCCCCGUGACCGUGAUCUUCGGGGCCCGCUCCUGCAUCGACGGCAACUCUGGCAGCAGCAUCCAGUCUCUGCGACCCGAGUCCUACGUGAAGACCAUAGCCAUCCUCGGGGCCGGGCAUUACGUGUACGCGGAUCAGCCCGAGGAGUUCAACCAGAAGGUGAAGGAGAUCUGCCGCUCGGUGGACUGAGCGGCGCCCUUGCCCGGCGCCUGGAGGCGGCACGGCUCCUCAGGAGUAACCGGAGCCCGGCACCGCGGGGCCAGCGCCGGAGCGGCCGCCUCGACUGUGCCUUGCGCCAGGUUCCAUCGGGGAGGCGCCUGCGCACUCACACCGUCAGUGCCUUCGAGCAGAGUGGGCUCCUCCCUCCUGCACACACACAGUCAAGAUACAGGAGAGGCUCCAAAUUUAGUAACUUUAAAUAAAAGGCUAUUUGUCCCUCUGAUACACUGAAAAAUUGUACUUUUUUAACCAAGAUUGUUUUUUCAUUUUUACCUAACUCUGCUAGUCAGGUACUUUUCAUACUGUGGUAUAUCUUGCCAAUUUAAAGAAAUGAUUUCUGGGUUUCUUGUGCUACAUCUUGUAAGAGUGCACUUUACUUUCUUGGCAUGUAUUUAUCAUAUCUUGUAACAGAUACGGUUAAUCCAAAUGUCCUUCUAUGUGAAAAAGUGUCGUUUAAACCCUUUACUGUUGAAUUGAAGUGAAAAGUCAGGCUUUUCUGAAAGGAUGGGAGUUGGUCACUAGCAGGAAUUGUUCUGGUUUCCCCGUUUUGUACCUAAGGCUGCAAAGCCCAUGUCGGUCAGCAUUUGCAUCGCGCUGUCUCCCGACUUCCCGUCCCACAGCAGCACCACUCCUUGGCACUGUCUAUGUGUGCUACAGCCCUGCAUCUCUACGAGGUGGGAUGUUUGAUUCCUUUUUCUUCUCCCACUAAAUGUUAAUCUUUGCCAGGAGCCAGGGCACAGCAAAUGGCCCAGGUUUCCUCCUUCGCGGGGAUACAAAGACUGACCUUCAGAGGCUGGGUCGUAUGUUUUCCUAAAAUUUAACUCUUGUGUAUGGGUGCUAAAAAACUGAAUUACAUUUUUACCACUAAAAUAUGAAAUGAGCUAGCACUGGGUUUGUUUUUUAUCGAGUACUGUGUUGAUUAAAUCAUUAACAUACUUGAAGUUAUAUUCCAAAAAUUCUACCAUGUUGACUGAACUAUUUGACAGUAAUUUCCAUCAAGUGUAGCACUCUUUUUGCAGUUUUGGAAUGCGGAGGACUUGGAAACUGUGAAAACUCUCACUGUGGUAAAGGCUGCUGCGGAAACCCUCUGCAGGAGAAAACGGAAUAGGACUGUCCCUGGGAAGGCUUCUGCCUUCUGUUUUGUUACCUUUGCUUAUCUGGGGAAAAGGCAAAUUCUGUAAAUAAAAACAGUGAACUGGAACAAA